AUGACAUGUAAUGCUUGUGGUGCCAAAUCAUGUUAUACACACGAAAUUCCGUGGCAUGAUGGAAUGACGUGUGACGCUUACGAAGAGGCCAGAAAGGCGGCUGAAAAGGCAACAGAGGAUUAUUUACAACGGGGGACCAAGAGCUGCCCUAAAUGUGGCGUUCAUAUUGAAAAGAAUGGCGGAUGCGAUCAUAUGUCAACCUCAUCAAGAACACGACAAACUGAAACAGAAGAAGUGAAUAUUGAAAUGUAUGAUCUCGAGGCUGGUCCUCUGGCUGAAGGGAGUGCUAAUACAAACGCAAGGGCGAGUAUGAGCUUGGGAGGAUUCUUUAAAGAGGUUAAUUCGAUACGGGAUAUGAUUCGCGCAAUAAGAGACAACAUGUUGGCCAUCGCAGAUUUAUAUCGAAGAACAAUAGACAAUAUCACAGAGGACGAGAGCAUGAGAAUGUCGCGACAGCUUGGCUUGUUCGUCUCGGAGACCAGUCGUAUUAGUCUUCAAGUGGGUCAGAAGCUAAAGCUCAUGGAGUUUAGUAGCAAGUCUUUCUCUCCUGGACAAGAUCAGACGCAAAUGCGGGUCGCUCAGUACGCAGCAUUGGUGAAGCAAUUUAUGGAUACGAUGUCGGAAUAUCGGCAGUUACAAAUAGAAAACCAAACCAAGUAUAAGAAUUCUAUUACACGAUUGCUUUAUUCGGCUAAGCCUGAUGCAACAGAAGACGAAGUUUCUCAAGUUCUCGAUGCUGAUACCAGACAGGGGUAUGCAUCUCAGAUUCUUUCUAUCAACGGAUCCAAUCAGGGCCGAAGCACGAUAAUAAUGGAUCGGCAGAGGGAUAUAGCGAGCAUUGGAAAGUCUAUCAAUGAGCUAAACAAACUAUUGUUAGAAAUGCAAACCUUGGUGAUUGAGAAAGAUACUCCGGUUCCUACACCCGAUGAUCGUUCAAUUCUACAGAUUGAAGCGUCAAUGACAACCGAUAGAGUACCCGGGCCGUUGUCGGCUGCUGAUAAGGUUAGGCGGGUGAGUUUAUAA